UUCGAUCGGGGCUGCAUUGCGACGGCGGAGUCUCUUCUCCACCAACGUUCUCCUUCGUCGGAAUCGAAGAAGUGCAGAGGCGGAGAUGGCCGGCAGCGAAAAUAAUGCCGGCAACAAAGUGAAAGUCAUAUCGCCGCUGGCGCAAUGGAGGGUCAAGAGCCUCGGGGCACACGACUACCGCCGCUCCGACGAUUUCAUGAUUGGAAGCUGGAAUUGGUGUUUAUCCGUCAAGAAUAAUAAUUCUGUAUUGUCCAUCCGGCUCAUCUCCAAGCCCAGUUGCAUCACUGAGGAUAAAUACUCCAUCGCCAAGAUCUUGAUCCGGGCCCACUGCACUGGUUCCACGAAUUCCACGAAUUGUCACUAUGCUGAAUGUAAGUCCCCUCUGUCGUUGGCUUUUCUGCACUACAUUAAAUUUCCUGGAACUACACAAUCUAGCAGUUCAUCAAUGAAAUCCACCUCGAUAUCCUGUGACAAAAAGUGAAAUGUUCGUCCCUGCCGCAUCUGACCCCAGAUCAUCACAGAGAAGUAAAUCAUGAUACCCGAACAGGCAAGUAGGGUGGGGGUGAGAUGGACAGGAUAUGGAGAUUUACGUUCCGACAGUUUCGCCAUUCGACCCCGCAUUUCCAAGUGAUAAAUAAUCACUACUUAUCAACUCUGAUGACUCGUAGGAUCCACCUCGAUAUCCUGUGAAGCCACGCAACACUUGCUAUUUUGAUUACCUCGGAUCGGUAUCAUGGUUGGCAAAAUCGACGCUCCCAAAAAAACAAAACCAAAACUAAAAUCAUCCAGGAGUGUGUGGAAUCGAUUGGAGCAGGAUCGAUAUGAUCAUACCACGUUACAAUGAGUCAAUGAUUCUACACAUUGAAAUAUCUGAUUGAAUGAUGAGAUCUAUAGUAUAUUAAAACAAAAUUUAUAUUUAUUUAGAUAUGUAUAUUUGUAACGAAAUAAAACUCAUAACGGCUAAUUUUA